AUGGCCGACCUGGCGAACGCGCUGACAGCCAAUCCUCGCCCAUCAACUCCGCAGUCUUUUACGCGACACCUUCCCGAGGACGUUCUGGCGAUUAUCUUUAGGCUUGUCAUCGACGAGCACUAUGCCCAUUCCGACGCGCCUUUCCAACCUUGCGCACCUCAACUCGUGCUCGCAUCCGUCUGCAGUCAAUGGAGAGAGCUCAGCCGCAGCAUGCGCCAUCUCUGGACCACAGUACCCGUUGGAGCCGACCCCUCGCAUGCAGCGCAAUGCCUCAUCCGAUCUGGCGAGUUACAUCUGCGCGUUGGAGUCCAGUUCAGCGUACACCCGUGGUCCUCCGACAGAAGCGAACCCGACCUUAUCAAUCAAGUACAUCGCGCUCUUUAUCCUUUCACCUGGCACAUCAAGACCAAGCUCCCUGUAAACCGCAUUUUCCUAGUGAAACGCGUACGCGAAGUGGCCAUGUCUGUCCCGCCUUCUCUUGUCUCGCGAUUCCACACCCAAGGCGUGUGGAGAAGGCAUUACUUCCCCGACGUUCGAACCCUAUAUGUCUCUCUGAAGAAGACUCGAGAUGAGGUGUCGAUGGAAGCGGCGGCGUGGUUACUUGAACGUUGGCUACCUACCUCUCCUUACGAUCUCUCUUGGGCUGGCCCGCGCUUGUUUCCCAAACUCCAUCAUCUACGUCUAGAUGGACUUCACCUCCCUCAGUGGUCUCUACGUUUACCCAGCAAUCUACACACUAUGGAGCUACACCUCAUUGAUGCCCCGCAACGUAAGCUGCAGAAGCUGGAUCACAACAGCAUCUCGCUUUCUCAUCUCUGGGACGACCUUGGCUCACUUGCGCACCUCAAUCGCCUAUCCAUCGAUUUCGCCGAUGCCUUCAGCGGCGUCGACAUCAUCGCAGACAUCAGUCUACCCUCUAUUCACGAGAUCAACCUUACAACCCAAUCCCUCAGCUUGUUGUCCAACAUAAGCAAAGCAACGCGCAUGCCAUCUCUUCGUCGCUACACCCUCGCGCUCACCCUUCGCCAUCGUUCUGUGCUGGAUCCUCCGGCCGGCGAUGAGAUCGUCUCUUCGCUGCGCUGCUUUAUAUCGCAGCUUCCUCCUCUACACGCCCUCUAUGUUCUCCAUCGCACCUCAACGCGGACCGCCAUCGUGACCGUCGCGGCUGCCUCGCAUUUUCUGGACUGGCCUGCUUCUGUCGCGCAGGACGCUCUCUUCGAUGAUACCAACCUUCACAUCACUUUCACUUGCGAUGUUAGGAGCCGCUGUGCAUCUACUGCUGAGACCUUUCUUGGCGCGGCCUUGGAGUGCAUGGCCUCGCUUUCCGACACACACCCUAUCGAUUCCCUGGAGAUAUCUUUGGACGAUGACCAUCUCACCACGUUCGUCUGCUCGCCGGGAGUUAUCGGCAGGUUCCAGAAGAUGCAGAAACUUACAUGCCACGAUGGCCACGCCGAGCUCAUAUCGAACCUACUCCAGAACUCCACCCUGUUACCCCAUCUGAAGACGCUCGCCACAUCGUCUCUAGACCCGGUCGGAGCCGCCACUCUGGACGCCUUGUCUGACAUGCGGAAAGGCCUAUCUCACCUGACGUUGCCGAAUACGGAUAUUUUGCGCGAUGGGAUUCGCUAG